UGUAAUGCACUCCCAAUGAUCAGUUUUGUGGUUUUCGGGUUUUGUCAUCCAAUCCAAACAAAGCCCCAAUGAUCUCAUUAAAAAAUCCUACGUGUCAUCAUAUUAUUCGUCAAUAGAAAAUAUCUCCUAAUUUCUAUCUUUCUCGAAUUCGAGAUUUCUCUCUCUCUCUCGGAGGUGAACAAUGGCUUCGACGGCGACGACGACUGAUUUCUUCAAGCCUUUCCUCUCUCCUUUUCCCAAUGGGAACAAGGCAGGUAGUAGACAGAACAACAUGGUAUGGUUGAAUCGGAAGAACAGGUCUCUUCGUGUUAAUGGAUUGUUCGGAGGUGGAAAGAAAGAGAAUAGCGAGGAUGGCCAAUCAAAGGCAGGGAUACUUGGUAAUAUGCAGAAUCUGUAUGAGACUGUGAAGAAAGCUCAAAUGGUUGUCCAAGUUGAGGCUGUUCGUGUCCAGAAGGAGCUUGCUGUUGCUGAGUUUGAUGGUUAUUGUGAAGGCGAGCUUGUCAAGGUUACGUUAUCUGGUAACCAGCAACCAAUCCGCACUGAUAUCACUGAUGCAGCAAUGGAAUUAGGUUCUGAAAAACUAUCACUACUGGUUACAGAAGCAUACAAGGACGCACAUGCAAAGAGUGUACUGGCUAUGAAAGAAAGAAUGAGUGAUCUUGCUCAGAGCUUAGGCAUGCCACCAGGACUCAGUGAUGGAUUAAAGUAACAGAACCAGAUCUUUUUUUGUCUUUAUACUCAACUUUCAUGUAUGAGAGAGAAGUCCAGUUUGUUUUUGUAUAUCAAUCGGGCAAAAAGAAACUAGACCUCUGUACUCAACUCUAAUGAGCCAAGAGAGAAAUAUCUGGGGCCCGUCUACUUCUUUGAAUAUCAACAAUUUUCUUGAAUGCU